GGCCUGUCUUCCCGGCCCGCGACCCUUCACCCGGCAGCGCUGGGCCGCGCGACGCGGAAGUGCAAUGGCGGCGGCGGAGGAAGCGGGAGGUGCCCCGGGAUCCGCGUCCUCCGCCCAGCGCAGGUUGCGCGUCCUCUCUGGCCACCUGCGGGGCUCCCGCGAGGCGCCCGCACUCCUGUCCGCCAGCCCGUGCGGGGCGCAGGGCGCAGCCGGGCUCCCGGGCCCUGCCACCAUCCCCAAGAGGCGGCAAGAACUUCUGAAGUGGAAUGGAUGGGGAUAUAAUGACUCCAAGUUCAUAUUCAAUAAGAAGGGACAAGUAGAAUUCACAGGAAAAAGGUACAGAUUAGGUGGUACAGUAUUACCAAUUUUGAAGGAAUGGAUGGAAAAAACAUUUGGAGCAAGUCUGGAGCACAAAACUUUGCCUAGAGCAACCUUAAAUGUUAAUGAUGUGCCUCCAUCCUUUGCAAAUGAAGAAUUUCUCCAGGAUCUUAGAGCCACUAAAAUUUCAUAUUCGCAGGAUCCAGAAGAUAGGGUAUUCAGAGCUCAUGGUCACUGCCUACAUGAGAUACUUGUGCUCAGGGAAGGAAUGUUUAAACGAAUUCCUGAUAUAGUUGUAUGGCCAGGUUGCCAUGAAGAUGUAGUUAAAAUUGUGGAAGUAGCCUGCAAACACAAUCUUUGCAUAAUACCAUUUGGUGGAGGAACAAGUGUUUCUAGUGCUCUGGAAUGUCCUGAAGAAGAGAAAAGAACUAUAAUUUCACUGGACACCUCACAAAUGAAUCAUAUUCUCUGGAUAGAUGAGAGAAACUUAACUGCUCGUGUGGAAGCUGGCAUUGUUGGCCAAGAUUUGGAAAGACAGCUUGCUGAAAGAGGCUACUGUACAGGUCAUGAACCUGAUUCCAUGGAAUUCAGUUCCUUAGGAGGAUGGGUGGCUACACGAGCAUCAGGCAUGAAAAAGAACAUUUAUGGAAACAUUGAAGAUCUGGUGGUUCAUUUGAAAAUGGUAACCCCAAGAGGAGUAAUAGAGAAAAGCUGUGAAGGACCUCGCAUGUCAACAGGACCUGAUGUACAUCACUUCAUUAUGGGAUCUGAAGGAAUCUUUGGAGUAGUUACAGAAGUUACAGUAAAAAUUCGACCAGUUCCAGAGUACCAAAAAUAUGGCUCUGUGGUAUUUCCGAACUUUGAACGAGGGGUGGCAUGUCUAAGAGAAGUAGCAAAGCAAAGAUGUGCUCCUGCAUCAAUUCGCCUUAUGGACAAUGAACAAUUUCAGUUUGGUCAUGCUCUUAAACCACAGGUUGCUUCAAUUUUUACAUCCUUUUUGGAUGGCCUGAAAAAAUUCUACAUAACAAAGUUUAAAGGAUUUGACCCCAAUGUACUAUGUGUAGCCACUUUACUCUUUGAGGGUGACAGAGAGAGAGUUCUUCAGCAUGAAAAGCAAGUUUAUGAUAUCGCUGCCAAAUUUGGUGGUCUGGCAGCUGGAGAAGAUAAUGGACAGAGAGGGUACAUGCUGACUUUUGUCAUCGCUUAUCUUCGGGACCUGGGCCUGGAUUACUAUAUAAUAGGAGAAUCAUUUGAGACAUCUGUUCCCUGGGAUAGGGUUCUAGACCUCUGCAGGAAUGUAAAAGAAAGAAUAGUAAGAGAAUGCAAAGAAAAAGGUGUCCAGUUUGCACCCCUUUCCACCUGCAGGGUGACACAGACUUAUGAUGCAGGAGCAUGCGUCUAUUUCUAUUUUGCCUUUAACUACAGAGGAAUCGGUGAGCCUCUUCAUGUCUAUGAACAAGUUGAGACAGCUGCUAGAGAGGAAAUUCUUGCAAAUGGAGGAAGCUUGUCACAUCACCAUGGAGUGGGGAAAUUGCGGAAACAGUGGAUGAAGGAGACUAUCUCUGAUGUUGGAUUGGGAAUGCUUAGGUCUGUCAAAGAAUACGUGGACCCUAAUAAUAUCUUUGGAAACAGAAACCUUUUAUAAAACCACUUAAGGUCUGAUGUACUAAAUUUAAAAAUGACUGUCAAAAUUCCUUUUAAACAUUUUCAUUGUAUUGGUAUCCCAGUAAUCAAAUAUAACAUGGACUAAACUAUAAAAGCUAGUAUUUUUCUUACUUUUAUUUUCCUCCAGUAAAAUGUAAAUGUUCAUUGUUUAAUGUUUACAGAUUUACUUAUGCUCCUAAACCUCUCAACAGGCAUCCAAACAGAGUUGUAUCAAGGUAUUUUAUCAGCCUGGAAAUGCAGAUUUGGCAUUUCAGGUUGGGUUAGGCAGCACAGCUGAUGAUCGUAGUUUCCAUGUUGGAUUCAGCCAGCUGUUUUUUUUACUAAGCCAUCCCCUACAAGGCGAACAAAGACUGACACCAGUGGUUUCUACAGAAGCAGCUGCUCACCCAGCCUCUUCCUAGAGGAAAGCUGCUAGGAAACAGAUGAGAGGUGGAUUACAUCAAGGAAUGCUUCUGUGUGCUGAAAGGUUAAGUGUGUAGCAGAUCCAGAAAUGUGUAAAAGAAUAAACGCAGGCUUUGUUUAGAAGAUUAGCAUGCUUCUAUAGAAUAUGUGGCUUGCCAGUCUCCUGUUCAGCAUCAAUGAAAACUAUGAAAUCUUUGAGAACUCUUCUUGUUGUCUGAGUUUUAUAUUUGUAUUGCUGGGAUAAUCUUUAAUAUAUCCUAGAUAGUUGUAAGUUUUGUACAGAACAGCAGACAUUUUUCACUGUAUGUUACAAACAGGUUUGUUUAUAUAAAUUUGCCUUCAUCACUGCAAUCCUAAUGUGUCUGGUUUCACUUCCUUAUUUUUGCAGAGAUGUGGAACAAACCCUUUUCCAAUAGAAAACAUGUUUUGGUUAUUUUAAAAUAAAAGUUUUCCCAGCACCAUGUCAUUUGAAGUGGUCUCAACAGUUUUAUUAGAGUAAAAUGGAAGAUAUACUGUUAUCUUAAAAUGAAGUUUCCAGUUUUAAUAUUCUGUAACUUCUUAUGGCCUUUUUGAAUUAUUGGUUUACUUGAAGAGUAACUACAGAUAUAAUCAGCGUAAUCAACAUACACAACUUUUCUUAAUCAGUCAGUGCAACUAUCAGUCAGUCACUAAACAUUUUUACAUUGAAACCUAGAUCUUGAAAUUAGCAAAAUGAAAACUUAAACUAUUUGCUGUCAAUAUUCAAGACUCAUGUUUUAAGUGCAUUCUUUUCUUAAACUUGCCAAGUUUUUGAUAUCUAAAAGACAGUAUAGAAUCAUGUAGUAAUAUAAAAUACCAUUUUUUUUUUCCUUUAAGAGGACAUACUGACUCUUUAGUUAACUAACUUUACAACUCUGAGCAAUUUGGACUCCUUUUUAUAUCUGUAAUAAACUAAGGAAAGUUUAACACUGUUUCAAAAUACCAUCUAAUUAUCUGUCAAAUUUUAGUAACAAAACAUUGAAGAUUAUAAUCUAUAUGAUUAAAAAAUAUAGUGUUGAACCAAAAAGUUGAUACUGUUUUAAAACUGAUUUAGGCUAUCUAAUUAAAAAUAAUCUAAAAGAUCAUGAAUACUCAACAGCACUUUAAACUGUAUGAACUCAAGAUUAUACCAAAUUAAAACAACACAAAUAUGUCCAUAGGUCACGAAAUGGGAAGUAAUUAUAUUUUAAUGCAGCUAGAGGGUCUUUUUUAAUGGACUUUGUUUCAUGUAAUUUAUGUAGAGAAAAAAAAAGUGAAUCUAGUCUCCUGAAUCUUAUUUUUAAAGUUUUGGCCCAUGGAGUUCAUAUUUCAGCAGUACUCAAAUUUGUAUUCAGUUCUAGGAAAUUCUGAUUUUCAGCACUGUAUGUGGCUAAGUGUUCCUUAUUCAAUAUCUAUACCAGGUACUUGUCAACAAAGUGAAUUUGUAGAGCAGUGGUUUUCAACCUGUGGUCUGUAGACCCCUGGGGGUACUCAGACUGUCAAAGGGGUCUGUGAGAGAUGACUAUGAUCAAUUAAAAGUAUGUGAAUACUCACACUUACAAAAGGGCCUGCAUCUCCAUUUGAAAUUUUUUAGGAGUCUGUUACUGAAAAACGGUUAAAAACCACUGCUGUAAAAGGGUGUGUGGGUGUGUCUGUGUGUAUGUAUUUAAUGCAGAAGGUUUCUCAACUUCGCAUGCUAUACCAAUGGUGAUUACAUGCUGGCAGCCAGAAUCCUGCUGACUGUUAGUGUCACUCUGAAAUGCAUUAAAAGUCAGUAAUAUGAAAGGGUUUUUUUUCUUAUGUGCCUGAAUAUAAGCAUAGCUUGUCUAGCUAUGAAGAAUCAUAACUCUGAAGGAAUGUGUGCAGAUAGUUGAAAAAUUGCUUCUUGUAUGUGGUAUGUGACAGCACAUGCAGGAUUAAAGCAACAAGGAUUUGGCUUCCUCAUGGUCAUUUUGAGCUCAGUAUGAGCUAGUGUACUCUUUUUUUUUCCCCAAAAAACCUUUUGGCUCAUUUUGAAUGAAAGUACUACUGUUUUCCCUCCGAGAGCUACCUUUCUAACCCAUGUUGCCCAUCUUUUCUAAUGUUGAUAAGUUACACAGAUAACUUUUUUUUCAAUGUGGCUGCCAAGAAAUAAAACCAAGUGACUUGGAAAGUGGAUGUUAUGAAGUAAAAGCUCACAAACCACACAAGUUAGUUAUGUCUGAUUUAAUAUGAUGAAAUAACAAAGGCUCUGGUGUGCAAAUAUAGCAAUGGAUAGGCCUGAGAAGGACAAAAUAGAACUUUAAUGUGAGCACUUAAUAAUAACUACCCCUUGGUACAACUAUAUUUUACUUUCUUCUCUCUGAUUUUUCUUUCUUCUGAAUGGUUUUUUGAGUUAUUCAAAGCUUAAUAAACCCUGGCACCUCUAAAGAAUACAUGACCUGCGUAAUAGCUCAAAAGGUGAGAGAAUGAGCUAAAUACUUACCUUUGAUCUUGUAUUUAGUACACCUACAGGAAACGAUUACAAAAGGGAUGAAUUUCCCUCUCAAAACAAACCUUUUAUUUGUUCCCUAUAUUUAAUACUAAAAUAAGUCUUCUGACAUGCUUCCCUCUUCUCUCUGCUUUUUUCACAUAGGCUUUAUUUGUUAUAGUCACAGUCUAUUCAGAGGUUGAGCUUGGUCUAUAAAGAUCAGGUGUCUGUCUUGGAAGGGGCAUAUUAAUUGGCUUUUCAUUUUGUGGAGUACUAUGGCCAUAUUUUGGUUCAAUACAAGAGGUUUUAACUAACUUUGUUAUUACUUGCAUUUUUAAAUGAAUAAAAAGCUGCUAUUUUUCUUCUGCUUUUCAGUAAGCUUUCAAGGCUAGAGAAUAAGGAUGUUGACUGUUACAUCUAUUUAAUUAAAAAAUUUUGUUUGCUCUUGCAAAACCUUGGGUGGAAUGUCAUUACACAGAACUUUUUAGGAAGUAACACAAAGGUUUACAACUUGAGAAGCCAGAAGAAACAGCAGUUCUUUGUGGCUUUGUCUAUACUGUGGUUAUUACUGCUAAGGAUAGGUUGCAUAUAGAGAUGUCACCUUUCUCUUAAAACUAUGAACAGAGACCAAGCUAAAUGGUUCAUCCGUACAAAUAUUUAUUAACUGAAACCAACUUAACAAAAGAGGCAGGGAUGCAUUAGCACUGAAUUCCAGAAAAUGUAAGCUGUUUUUCUCAGUCUUGGAAAUUUGUAACUAUAUCAAGGUUGUAAUUCAACUUUCUGCUAAUUAAGCCAAAUGGUGUUUGUCAUUUAGUGUGAGAUUAACUGUAAAACUGAACUGCAGUUGUAAUGUUAAGAGAUUAUAGAAACUUAUAUUAAUAAUAAAAAGAAAAUGGGCCUAAACAA